CAACUUCCACCGUGAAAAAUACCAAAGACAUGGACAAAACAUCUUCGCCGGAAUCUGCCACAAUCUCCACCAAAUCUCCGUCAACCUCCACCGGAAAAAUGGAGUGUUCUUGGUUCGACGAUGGUUGCAUUCUUGACAUUGAUCAUUUCGUUAAAACCAUUGCCGGAAUCAAAUCCAAAGGUGUUCGUCCCGAUAUCAUCGGCUCCAUCAUCGUUCAUUACGCUUCCACGUGGCUCCCUGACCUCUCUGACGUCGUUAUAAACCCCGAUGAACCGCAACUUCAGCCGCAACAGCAAUCAGAGAGCUUCUCUGUUACUGCAUUUGUGAUGAAGAAACGUUUCUUUGUCGAGACUCUACUCGGAAUCAUCCCACCAGAGAAAGAUUCCGUUCCCUGUGAUUUCCUCCUCCGUCUUCUCAGAACGGCGAACAUGGUCGGAGCAGACUCAAAUUACAAGAAGGAGCUCGAGGCGAGGGUUUCAUGGCAGCUCGAUCAAGCUUCCCUUAAGGAGCUAAUGAUACCUUCCUUUAGUCACUUGUGCGGGACAUUGCUCGACGUUGAGCUCGUGACUCGGUUGGUUAAGAAAUUUGCCGGAUUAGGCAACGAAGGAGUCAAAUCCGGUGCUUCUCUGGUUAAAGUGGCGAAGCUCGUCGACUCUUACUUAGCGGAAGCUGCCUUAGACGGCGAUUUAAGCCUCGCGGAGUUUAUUUCCCUCGCGGAAGCUCUCCCUAACCAUGCUCGUGUAACAGAAGAUGGGUUAUACCGCGCAAUCGACACUUAUCUCAAGGCACAUCCUAAAGUGACCAAGCAAGAAAGGAAGAGACUUUGUGGACUAAUAGACAGCAAGAAGCUAUCAAUGGAGGCAUCUCUUCACGCUGCACAGAAUGAUCGUUUACCGGUUAGAACUAUUAUUCAAGUUCUGUUCUCUGAGCAGGCAAAGCUGAUUCAUCGCAGCCACAACAACAUUGAGUGGAGUGGCUUAUCAUUCAGUGGUGCUAGGAGCAGCCCUAAUCCUUCUGGUUCACACUACUCAGAGUCUGGUCCUGCGCGGUGUAUGUCCAAACGCGAGAUAAAUGUUCAGCAAGCAGAGAUAAGAAGAUUGAGAGAGGAUAUGGCGAAGCUUAAGAGCGAGUGUGAAGCGAUGCAAACGCAGUUACAUAAGCUGAUUGAAAAGAAAGGUACUUGUACUAGUGGUAAUAAAGGUUUUUUUAGGUGGAAGAAGUUGGGAUUUAGGAGCGGUUUAAGCGUUAGCGUUGUGGAAAACACAAAUGGUGAAGAUUUUGGUGAUAAUAGAGAAGGUGAAGAGUAUGAGUAUGCGACUCAAACGCCUGGUAAUAUGAAGACAAAGCUUGUUAAAGGAAGAACACCUUCUAGGUGGAGAAAAUCUAUGUCUUGAAAAACCGUCUUUAUCGUCUUUAGUUUCUGUUCUUGUUGUUACCCUGUUGUCCAUUUGUUCUUCAGUCUUUGUUUCUGAAUCUAACAUUUUGUAAGCUCAUAAAGUCAUAUCGAUGGC